GGGACGAGCUGCCACGGCAAAGAAACCGGAUCCGACCACAACUUACCCAGACCCGAUAAGCCUGGCUACCUGACACCUCGGGUGAGGUGGAGUUGUUGUCUUUCAGCCCCAACCAGGGGCCAACAGCUGUAGGGACUUUUGUAAAAGGCCUGGGAACAUCUUUUCUGUCCCGAAGCUCUGAUUGGGUCCCAGGGCCUGCCCCGUUGAGAGUUUGGGGUGCAAAUGAGAAGAUGGUGGGGUGCUGAGCAUUUGUUUGCAUGUGGAGAGAAGACAUAAUGACCAGCUCCCCAUUCCUGGAUCCCUGGCCAUCCAAGGCUGUAUCUAUCCGUGAGCGUCUGGGUCUUGGGGACCGUCCCAAUGACUCCUAUUGCUACAACUCAGCCAAAAACAGCACUGUGCUCCAAGGGGUCACCUUUGGAGGCAUCCCCACUGUCCUGCUCCUAGAUGUUGGUUGCUUUCUGAUUUUAAUACUGGUGUUUUCCAUCAUAAGGAGAAAAUUCUGGGAUUAUGGCCGCAUAGCCCUGGUAUCAGAAGCAGGCAGUGAGGCCAGAUUCCGGAGACUGUCAUCUUCUUCCUCAGGGCAACAAGACUUUGAAAGUGAACUGGGAUGCUGCUCUUGGCUAUCGGCCAUCUUCCGCCUACAUGAUGACCAGAUCCUGGAGUGGUGUGGAGAAGAUGCCAUCCACUACCUGUCCUUCCAGAGACACAUCAUCUUUCUGCUGGUGGUGGUCAGCGUCUUGUCCCUGUGCGUCAUCUUGCCUGUCAACCUCUCAGGAGACUUGCUAGAUAAGGACCCUUACAGCGGGAGGACAACAAUAGCAAACCUGCAGACAGACAAUGACCUCCUCUGGCUGCACACUGUCUUCUCCGUCAUCUACCUCUUCCUCACCGUGGGCUUUAUGUGGCACCACACGCGGUCCAUCAGAUACAAAGAGGAGAGUCUGGUGAGACAGACCUUGUUCAUCACAGGACUCCCCAGAGAAGCCAGAAAGGAGACCGUGGAGAGUCACUUCCGGGAUGCGUAUCCCACAUGUGAGGUGGUGGACGUCCAGCUGUGCUACAGCGUGGCUAAGCUGAUAAACCUGUGCAAAGAGAGGAAGAAGACCGAGAAGAGCCUUACCUAUUACACAAACCUGCAGGUGAAGACAGGCCGACGGACCCUCAUCAACCCCAAGCCUUGUGGCCAGUUCUGCUGCUGUGAAGUACAGGGCUGUGAGCGGGAAGAUGCUAUUUCUUACUACACUCGAAUGAACGACAGCCUGACCGAGAGAAUUACAGCGGAAGAGUGCCGGGUCCAGGACCAGCCCCUAGGAAUGGCCUUUGUCACCUUCCGUGAGAAGUCCAUGGCUACCUUCAUACUGAAAGACUUCAACGCCUGCAAGUGCCAGGGCCUCAGGUGUAAAGAACCCCAGCCAUCCUCCUACAGCAGAGAGCUCUGCGUCUCCAAGUGGUCGGUCACCUUUGCCUCCUAUCCUGAGGACAUCUGCUGGAAGAACCUCUCCAUCCAGGGUGUGCGCUGGUGGCUCCAGUGCCUGGGCAUCAACUUCUCCCUGUUUGUGGUGCUGUUUUUCCUGACCACACCUUCCAUUAUUAUGUCUACCAUGGACAAGUUCAACGUCACCAAACCCAUCCAUGCACUGAGCAACCCCGUCAUCAGCCAGUUCUUCCCCACACUCCUGCUGUGGUCCUUCUCCGCACUGCUCCCAACUAUUGUGUACUACUCCACGCUGCUGGAGUCUCACUGGACGAGGUCAGGGGAAAACCGGAUCAUGGUGUCGAAGGUCUACAUAUUCUUGAUCUUCAUGGUGCUGAUUCUGCCCUCCCUCGGUCUCACCAGCUUGGAUUUCUUCUUCCGGUGGCUCUUUGACAAAACUUCCUCCGAUACCUCCAUCAGACUAGAGUGUGUCUUCCUGCCGGACCAGGGUGCCUUCUUUGUGAACUACGUCAUCGCCUCAGCCUUCAUCGGCAGCGGCAUGGAGCUGCUGCGGCUGCCCGGCCUCAUCCUCUAUACCUUCCGCAUGAUCAUGGCCAAGACGGCCGCUGACCGCAGGAAUGUUAAGCAGAACCAGGCCUUUGAAUACGAGUUUGGAGCCAUGUAUGCAUGGAUGCUGUGCGUCUUCACCGUCAUCAUGGCUUACAGCAUCACCUGCCCCAUCAUCGUGCCCUUUGGCCUCAUCUACAUCCUGCUGAAGCACAUGGUGGACCGGCAUAACCUGUACUUUGCUUACCUCCCGGCCAAGCUGGAGAAGAGGAUCCACUUUGCUGCCGUGAACCAGGCCUUGGCUGCUCCCAUCCUCUGCCUCUUCUGGCUUUUCUUUUUCUCCUUCCUCCGUCUGGGUCUGACGGCCCCUGCUACUCUGUUCACUUUCCUGGUGGUUCUGCUUACCAUCCUGGCCUGCCUGCUCUACACCUGCUUUGGAUGCUUCAAGCACCUCAGCCCAUGGAACUACAAGACGGAGGAACCAGUUGGUGACAAAAGAAAUGAAGCUGAGGCCCCCGCGCCCCCGCCAUUCACACCCUAUGUGCCUCGGAUUCUGAACGGUCUGACCUCAGAGAGGACAGCACUGUCCCCACAGCAGCAGCAGACCUACGGUGCCAUCCGUAACAUCAGUGGGACUCUGCCUGGACAGCUCGUGGCUCAAGAUCCUAGUGACACUGUGGCUGGUGCCUACCAGGAAUCCUAAGAAUGGGCAAACUGGAGCAAGCCGGUCUGGCAGGCUGGGAGCACCUAGGAAUACUGAGGGACACUAGGGGCUAGUGCCCCAGUCAGGUUCUUGAGGUUUUUGCUGUUUAAGGCUCCUGCCUUGUGAGAAGUGGGAACCAGCAGGUCUUGGGACUUAGGUCCUUGACUGAGGGUAUACCGUGUGACUGCAGUCCCUAAGCGCCAUCUGUAGGUUUCUUUUCUGUUCCCAGUGUGGGGAACAUUUGCAGCUCCCUCCUGUGGUCAUCUGAGGAAAUGCACUUUUGUUCCCACAUCCACUGCUAGGGAUGAUAUGCAGUGGACAUGACGUCCCUAGUGGUUUGCAGCCAAGGUCAUGUGUUGGAAUUUUGCCCUUAGAGUGAUCGUAUCUGGAGACUACUGGUUGAUGGAGAGGUGCGUCCAGGGAAGACUUGGUCCCUCUGAGUCCUGGAGCUUAGCCUUCUGCAAGCCCUGCAGCGGUUGGGUCUGAGAUGGCGCCCACGUGACUCCGGGAUCCGUGGAUUUGCUGUAGGGUCCAGGAAUAUCUUGUUCUUGUUGAGGGCAGCAGGGCAGCAGGCUACGGCCCACGGGCUUUGUAGCCGCCUCUGCUCCUGCUGUGCUUCUGGGUUUUUGUAUCAUGUUGCCUGAGAUUCUGUGAUGGGGUCAGCAGACAGGGACACUAAUAAAGCACCCACUGGGCUGGCCGUGAGACCCCACCGCUCGUGCCUCUCCCAGGUUAAUGUACGGUUUUCCAUGUC